CCGGCCUGCGGGACCACAGCCCGCGGACGUCUCUGCCCGAGCGAUGUCUCCGCUCCAGAAAGUUGUCGCCGCCGCCGCCCCCGGGCGGUGAAACAAAGUGCGGCGGGGCCGCCUCCCGGUGCAGGAGCGCACCCGUGCCCAGCGGCUGGACCCCGCCGCGGGGCGCGCAGUCUCCCCGCGGAGAGCCCGAAACGCUCCGGGCCAUGGCUGAGGGCUCGGCCAGCAGGGAGGGUCCCGCGCCGCCAAACGCGGCCGCGGGCGAAGACGACGCCCGAACGGGCCCGGACGCCGGCUCCGGGGACUGCGCGCCGGCGGCGCCGGGGGGCCGGUCGAGGGACCGUCGCAGCGGGGUCGUGCUGCCGAGCGCUGGAGGGGCUCCGGCUGAUGCCGAGACCAUCCUCCUGGAGGCGGCGCGGGCGACCCCCCGGCGGAGCAGCAUCAUCAAGGAUCCUUCAAACCAAAAAUGUGGUGGAAGAAAGAAGACCGUGUCUUUCAGCAGUAUGCCAUCGGAGAAGAAAAUCAGCAGUGCCAGCGACUGCAUCAGCUUUAUGCAAGCUGGCUGUGAACUGAAGAAAGUCCGGCCAAAUUCUCGCAUUUACAACCGUUUUUUUACUCUGGACACAGACCUCCAGGCUCUUCGCUGGGAACCUUCCAAGAAAGACCUUGAGAAAGCUAAGCUUGAUAUAUCUGCCAUUAAAGAGAUCCGGCUGGGGAAGAACACGGAAACAUUCAGAAACAACGGCCUUGCUGACCAGAUUUGUGAGGACUCUGCCUUUUCUGUACUCCAUGGGGAGAACUAUGAGUCUCUGGACCUAGUUGCCAACUCAGCAGAUGUAGCAAACAUCUGGGUGUCAGGGUUACGGUACCUGGUUUCUCGAAGUAAGCAACCUCUUGAUUUUAUGGAGGGCAAGCAGAAUACACCCAGGCUCAUGUGGCUGAAAACAGUGUUUGAAGCAGCAGAUGUCGACGGCAACGGGGUUAUGUUGGAACAUACCUCUGUAGAGUUAAUAAAACAACUCAAUCCUACCCUGAAGGAAUCUAAGAUCAGGUUAAAGUUUAAAGAAAUCCAGAAGAGCAAAGAAAAACUAACCACCCGAGUGACGGAGGAGGAAUUUUGUGAAGCUUUUUGUGAACUUUGCACCAGGCCAGAAGUGUAUUUCUUACUUGUACAGAUAUCUAAAAACAAAGAAUAUUUGGAUGCCAAUGAUCUCAUGCUCUUUUUAGAAGCUGAGCAAGGAGUUACCCAUAUCAGUGAGGAUAUGUGCUUAGAUAUUAUUCGGAGAUACGAGCUUUCCGAAGAGGGACGUCAAAAAGGGUUUCUCGCAAUUGAUGGCUUUACCCAGUAUUUGUUGUCCCCAGAAUGUGACAUUUUUGAUCCCGAGCAAAAAAAGGUUGCUCAAGAUAUGACCCAGCCAUUAUCUCACUACUACAUCAAUGCCUCUCACAACACCUAUCUCAUAGAAGACCAGUUCAGGGGGCCAGCUGAUAUUAACGGGUAUGUUAGAGCUUUGAAAAUGGGCUGUCGAAGCAUUGAACUUGAUGUAAGUGACGGUUCAGACAAUGAACCAAUUCUUUGCAAUCGAAAUAACAUGACAAUACAUCUUUCCUUUCGAAGUGUCAUAGAGGUAAUAAAUAAAUUUGCCUUUGUUGCUUCUGAAUACCCACUCAUUCUUUGCUUGGGGAAUCACUGCUCUCUACCACAGCAGAAGUUAAUGGUUCAACAGAUGAAAAAGGUCUUUGGCAGGAAACUCUAUACUGAAGCACCUUUGCCAUCAGAAUCCUACCUCCCAUCGCCAGAAAAGUUAAAAAGAAUGAUCAUCGUAAAAGGAAAGAAAUUGCCUUCUGACCCAGAAGUUUUGGAAGGAGAAGUAACAGAUGAAGAUGAAGAAGCUGAAAUGUCUCGAAGGAUGUCAGCAGAUUACAAUGGUGAACAGAAACAAAUCUGGCUGUGUAGGGAGCUCUCUGACUUGGUAUCUAUCUGCAAAUCUGUUCAGUACAGGGAUUUUGAACUGUCUAUGAAAAGCCAAAACUAUUGGGAAAUUUGUUCAUUUAGUGAAACAGAAGCCAGCCGAAUUGCAAAUGAAUACCCAGAGGAUUUUGUAAAUUAUAAUAAGAAGUUCUUAUCAAGAAUCUAUCCAAGUGCCAUGAGGAUUGAUUCCAGUAACUUGAAUCCACAGGACUUUUGGAAUUGUGGCUGUCAGAUUGUGGCAAUGAAUUUCCAGACUCCAGGUCCAAUGAUGGACCUUCACACAGGCUGGUUUCUUCAAAAUGGAGGCUGUGGUUAUGUUCUAAGGCCAUCUAUCAUGCGAGACGAAGUCUCUUACUUCAGCGCAAAUACAAAGGGCAUUGUACCUGGUGUGUCUCCUCUCGCUCUUCAUAUCAAGAUCAUCAGUGGUCAGAAUUUCCCAAAGCCCAAGGGAGCUUGUGCCAAAGGGGAUGUCAUAGAUCCCUAUGUUUGUAUAGAGAUUCAUGGAAUUCCGGCGGACUGUUCAGAACAAAGAACUAAAACUGUACAACAAAACAGUGAUAAUCCAAUUUUUGAUGAAACUUUUGAGUUUCAAGUGAACCUACCUGAGUUGGCCAUGAUCCGUUUUGUGGUUCUGGAUGAUGACUACAUUGGGGAUGAGUUUAUAGGGCAAUAUACGAUACCGUUUGAGUGUUUGCAGCCCGGAUAUCGGCACGUUCCCCUGCGCUCCUUUGUGGGUGACGUCAUGGAGCACGUUACCCUUUUUGUCCACAUAGCAAUAACUAACAGAAGUGGAGGAGGAAAGGCACAGAAGCGCAGCCUUUCCGUGAGAAUGGGGAAGAAAGUUCGGGAAUACACCAUGCUCAGGAAUAUCGGUCUUAAAACCAUAGAUGACAUCUUUAAAAUAGCAGUUCAUCCAUUACGAGAAGCCAUAGAUAUGAGAGAAAACAUGCAGAAUGCCAUAGUGUCCAUUAAGGAACUGUGCGGACUUCCUCCUAUUGCCAGUCUGAAGCAGUGCCUGUUGACCCUGUCCUCUCGGCUCAUCACCAGUGACAAUACUCCCUCAGUGUCUCUUGUGAUGAAAGACAACUUUCCUUAUCUGGAGCCUCUGGGGGCAAUUCCAGAUGUGCAGAAAAAGAUGCUAGCUGCUUAUGAUCUGAUGAUUCAAGAGAGCCGGUUACUCAUAGAAAUGGCAGAUACAGUCCAGGAAAAGAUUGUGCAGUGUCAGAAAGCAGGGAUGGAGUUCCAUGAGGAACUUCAUAAUCUAGGGGCAAAAGAAGGCUUGAAAGGAAGAAAACUCAACAAGGCAACUGAGAGCUUUGCUUGGAAUAUUACAGUGCUGAAGGCCACAACAAUCCCAGAUUUUGGUAUCCAGGAGGGCCAAGGAGAUCUGUUGAAGAGUGCCAAAAAUGAAGCUCUAGAAAACAUGAAGCAGAUCCAGCUGGCAUGCUUGUCUUGUGGACUCAGUAAAGCCCCCAGCACCGGCGCCGAGGCCAAGAGCAAGCGCAGCCUGGAAGCCAUCGAGGAGAAGGAGAGUGGCGAGGAGAACGGGAGGCUGGGACCCUGAGCAGCGCCGACAUCUGCACCUGUCCUGCCCGGCAAGGACUCUGGUUUUUCUUUCAGGUUUUCUUUCUUUAAGCGUUUUAGAAGUUCACAAAAAGACACCCUCUAUAGGGUGUUGGAUAUAAACUGAUAUUUUUCACUAUGUCAGAAUUUUAACAUAGUUAAUUUAUCUAAGUUAAAACCUUUAGUAGCCGUGUUUUACAUUCUGAGAUGUGUGUACACACCUGUGUAUGGAUGUGGGUGGAAGUGUGUGUGUAUGUGUGAGAGAGAGGGGGAGAGAGUAGGAGAGAACACAGAAAAAAAAGCAGUGAAGUUGAGAGAGAUUGAGAGAUAUCGAAAUCUUAUUAAAAUCUAUUCUGUGUUGCAUUAUUCAUUUUGUAAGUUAUUACUUUAUCAUUUGGGGACAAAUUUGUUAAUCUGAGAUUCUACAGAGCACCUACUAUAACCUGUUGCUGUUUAAUUUUGCUUCUUACCUUUGUCAUUUAAUUUAGAGAUCUUAACAUAGCUUAUUAUUGAAGGAAGACAAAUUUGCCAAGGCAUAGAUGUUUUAAUAGAUUUAAUAUAGAUUAGAAAAAUUCCUAAGAAUCAUAGUAGAAAUAAAAGUAAAUGAAAGAGAAACAAAUGAUCAGAAUUCUAGAAAGAUCAGCAAAGUCAUUUCUUCAGUUAGUGACCUCUUUAAAAUAUUUAUCAAAAAAAUAAAUUUUAGAAAGUUUUCUGUAGUUAUUCACUAAAGAUAAGAUUUCAGUGGAAAAGCUGAUCAUAACUAAAUUUAUACUCAUCUGUGUGGUACUCUGAAACACAGUGAAAGAUCUGGAUCUGUUGUAAUUACAAGUUUGACGUGACAAUAUUAUUCAGUUCUAACAUUUCAAGUCUGAGAUUUGUAGGGAAGUAUUCUUCCAAACUGGGAAUGUGGCAUUCAUUUUCUAUAACAGACAUGGGCAGCUAGGAGGUCUUGGCUUGGAUUGAAUUUAAAGUACUAAAUUUAAAUUUAGACAUUGUUUAAACAAUACCAUAUCGUCAUGUUGAGCUGAUAUAAAUUCUGUGGGUCAGAUAACAUCUUCAUGAUGAUUUAAGAACUAACAGAUCACAAAAAUAUCUAUGAUAUAAUUUUAACACAUGCAGAAAACAUGCACACAGAAGAGGCAGAUGGCUACUAGUACACUUAAUUGCAUCCAGAUCAUUUUUACCCUAAUAUCUUCAUAAAGUACUUGAGUGUUAUAUGUUUGUUACCUCCCGGAGAACUAAAUGUUCUAUGGUUAUGAAAAUAUAUUUAUUUACAACAUUGCUUUUAUUUUGAAAAGCUUCUUAAUUAAUUUGAUUAACAAAUAUGCUAAUUAGGGGAAAUCUAGGGAAGGUAAUUGUUGAAAUUUUGCAAAUAUAAAUAUCUUCUAUAGCUACUGUGUUAAGUUAUUUCUGACUUCUUAACACUGUUAUGUUCAUGUUGCACAUUACUGAAACAGUAAAGAUAUGAAACAACACUUUUAGUGUUUUCCUUUAUUGUGAAUUAAUUGAAAAGGAAAGAUAAUGAAAAUGGGAUAUUAUAUCCAAAAUAGCUUAAAGGGAUAUUUCCAUGGACCAGAUAUGAUGACAUUUCUCCUUGAGUUUACAGCUGGGCACUUGGGAAGGUACAUGAGCUCAUUCUAAGGUAGGUUUCCAAUGGUGCUGUAAUAAGCCUGAAAAAACUUCAUUACCUUCCAUUAUACUUAACCUGCAUGGUAGACGGAAUAGUGGAAUACUUGUAUCUAAUCCCUCUUGAUAAAGAAGAGGUGAUAUAGAAACAAAACCCAUUUUACAUUAGCCACAGGUUGGUUUCACUUGUGGACAUCUACACCUCCCUGAUUCCCAUGUGAGGAAAUCUUUGCCUUUACUGGUGAUACAGAGAGAUGGGAGGAGAAGAUCAAGGGUGGCAAACUCUUGAAGAAUAUUUAUUCAUUUCUUAACCUGAACGUUGAAAGUGGCUUCCCUAGUUCAUUCCAUUUGCCUGGGAGCUUCAGUCAUACUUAGGGCCUACCCAAAUAUUCCUGAACUGUUGUUGUUGUUUUAGUUUAAGUAAAUUGAAUUUUAAAAAAUCCACUAUUCUUGAGAACAUGGUGUUGCUUCCACUUCCUCCCAUGCUGCUUCUUGCAGUGGGAUGUCCAGCCAUUCUCUGCUCCUUUGCAUUGGUAUUGCUGCUAGACAGGGAGUGAGGCGGUGGGCAAGGGGAGGGGAGCGGGCCUGAGGGAAAAGGUCACAGUGGCGGUCUUGCCUCUGGAUGGAACAGCAAAAACCAACAAACAAAACUUUCACCUUAUUAUUCUGUAAGGGUCUUGCCUCCUUUCUGCACUUGAACUGCAGUAGAAAAAGCCCCCUUCUAUCCACUUGGCUUUUGGUGGCUCUAGGAAAGUAGCGUGGUAGAUAUAAAUUCCAUUUUUACUUAUUAAUUUUUACACUACCAAGGGGGUUUGAGGCAGAGUAGGUAGGUAUUAUCACUGACAUUUCAUAAGUGAGAAAGCCCAAGGCUACUAACCUAGUAAAUGGAAGAACUGACUUUGAGUUCUGGUUUGUCUGAUAUUGUGUGCAAGUAUUUUAUUCAGUGCUUUGAUUUUCAGUUGGAUUAUCAGAAUUUUAAACUAGACUAUUAACUCCUUUAACAAAUGAAAAGAGGUUUUAUCAUAUUUUGUGAUAAUAAAAUAUUGAUGGUCAAUAUGAAAAUGCAAAAGUACAGAAAUAUGUAAAAAUAAAAAUCAUCCACUAUUAACAUUUAGAACCUUUCAGGCACUGUUUAGUGUGCAUAUACACCGUGUAUAUGUAUACACUGUUUAGUUUGUAUUUAUUUUACAUACUGUCUUUUACAUACAUGUAAAUAAACUUUCAUUUUUAACAAAAAUGAGAUCACAUUAUAUAAAUUGUUUUAUUACUGGCUUUUUACAACAAUAAAAACAAUACAUAAUGGAUAUCUUUUUAUGUCAAUAAAAAUCUGUGUACAUUGGAAUGCUCAGCCUUUGAAUUGAAUCUAGUCCACAAAUGACGUAUUUUAUUUGGCCACUGAAUCUUUUCCAAAAAAUUUUAAACCAUAGAAACCUUUUAAAAAUCAGGAGAUUUCACAUAAAAUAUCCAGUUUUGUACAUCUUUUAAAAUACUGGAAAUUCUGACAACACUAGACACUGCUCACACCUCCCACUUCUUAUUUGGCAUCAGUUGAUAGGAGCUGCCAGCUCCAGAAGGGGCGUGUGCUGUUAGUUUGUCAAAGAACCUCUUCGCUCAUUUGUUACACCUUGACAUUGUGGAUGUCUUAGGUGGUGAUCCUUAAUCAAAUUAUUAUUUAUAAUAAUGACAGGGUCUUACUAUGUGGAUUUUCAUAAUAUAUUUAACCAAUCCCCUAUUAGACUUUUUUCUCUUCAUUUAUUAUUAAAUAAGAAUUGCAAUGAUGAAAAUCUAUUUCUGCAAAGUUCAACGUUUUCUUUAGGAUAAAUUUCCAGAAGUGGUCAAAAGAUGUGUAUAUUUUCUAGGGAUUUUGAGAUAUUUUGCCAAAUAGUCUCUGGAAAACUUGUCCAAUUUAAAUUUCCACCAAGGAGUUUAUGAAAGAGCUCAAAUCUUGGCUAACACUAAACUUUAGCUCUUCUUAUUUUCAUCUUUGCCUAUCUGCUAGGUUAAAAAAUUUAAUUUAUCUUUAUCUUUACUCUCUAGUGAAAUUGAACACAUACCAGUAUAUUCAUUGACUGUAAAUAAUCUCAUAUAGCUCAUCUAUUUGUGUUUUCUGAUCAUUUUUUGGUGGCGUGGUAAAUUUUUAUUUUGUAUGAUUAAUUUUUUUAAAGGAAUUUAAAUGAUAAGAAUCUUAACCCUGUGUUUGUUAUAUGUGUUGCUAAUAUCUUAAUUGUUAGUGUUGAGACAUCUUUUCCUACCUAUGCUCAUGAAGAUAUUCUCUUAUAUUACCUGCUAGUAGUUUCUUGGUUUACUUUUCACAUUUAAUUCUAAACUUCCUCUAGAAUUGGUUAUCAUGUGUAGUGUAAGAUAGAAGUCCAAUUUCACUUUUUCCCAACACGGAUAAUCAGUUGACUCAGCCCAUCUAUUGUAAAAACUGUCCUUUGUUGCAACUAUGUAGUACCAUCCUUGUAAAAAAUGAAGCACCCAUGUAUGUGUGUGUCAAUUUUUCUAGGAUCUCUAUUUGGUUUCCAUCAGUCUUUGUUCUGGCAACACUACUGCACUGUCUUAAUUACUAUAACUUUAUAGUGUUUUGAUAUCAGAGACUGUAGGCCUCCUCACUUCUUGAACAUUUUCUUCAUUAUUUUUGGGUCUUUCCAUUUCCAUUUAAAUUAUAGAAUCAGCUUGCCAAUUUCUGUCAGGCACAUCCUGCAACUUUGGUUUUAUAUUGAAUGUAUGUAUCAUUUUGGGGAAUUCUGACAUUUAUUUUAUUCAGUAUUCCAAUCCACUCACAUAAUGUAUUUCUCCAUUUAUUCAAGUCUUAUUUAGUUUCUCUUAAUACCGUUUUAUAUAUUUCUGU